AUGUCGGGGCAUGUGCCGAGAGGCCGUGCUGCCGAGGAGAAUAGGAUUCAUGAUGCCAAUGUGAGCGGUGGAGGUCGGAGCGACAACGACACCAACAGCAGCAGCAAUAGCAGCCGUAAUAGCAGCACCGCGACAGCGAGCUUCACCGCAUCGCCGCCGCCAAUACCGCCGACCUCACAAGCCUUGUUGGACAGCACCAGAACCCCUGCCCAGCCGAGCGAUGGAGAUGUAAGGCCAGCCCGUGCGACAGCGAGCACCGCAACGCCUUCGACACCCGCGCCGACGGCGAUCUCAUCCUCUCCGAUUCCCUCCGAUACCGUUCCACCCGUCUUGGAACCGAUCACUGCUGCGCCCGCGUCUCCAGAUUCUCCUUCUUCCUCUGACCCGUCGACUACACAUCCUGCAUCGCAUCCGUUUGCCGAGCGCUUCUUGCCUUCGCAUGUCGACGCUUCUCACGUUAUCUCCUCCGCCGCACCCACGUCAUUACCAAUCGAGCUUCCCGCCAUCCGCGCCGAGAAUGUCCCGACACCACUCGCCUCAUCCCCUACCUCCGAAUCUCUGCCCUCGUCUGCCACGACACCCCCGUCGUACACGCCGGGCAACCCAACCUCUGCAUACGCAGCCAAUUUGCACCUGCUGACGCCCUUCCAGCGUUGGACGCUCCGCGCGUCGGAAUCGCAGUUCAAUGCUCUGGCCGGCGCCGUGGGUGGGUUUACGUCGGGCGUGUUUACGUGCCCGCUCGACGUGAUCAAGACGAAACUGCAGGCGCAGGGCGGAUUUGCAGCCAUGCACCGCCAAGCCAGUGCCACGGGGGCAGCAGCAGCAGCAGCCGGCCAGAGCCACCACAGACUAUACAAUGGCCUGGUCGGCACCGCACGGGUCAUCUGGCGCGACGAGGGUGUCCGUGGCCUGUACCGCGGCCUGGGUCCCAUUAUCAUGGGAUACCUGCCCACCUGGGCCGUGUGGUUUACCGUUUACAACAAGAGCAAGAGCGUUAUGAGCGAGCGGUACCACAUUGAAAACACCUUUGUGAUCAACUUUUGGUCAUCCGUCGUGGCCGGCGCGAGCAGCACGAUUGUGACGAACCCGAUCUGGGUGAUCAAGACGCGGCUCAUGUCACAGAUGCCGCGCGGCCCGCCGGGCACCGUCGCCCCCGCCACAGGAGGCACGCCGACCUCCCGCCCCACGAUCUCGACGCCCUGGCACUACCGGUCGACGCUCGACGCCGCGCGCAAAAUGUACACGACCGAGGGCGUGCUGUCGUUCUACUCCGGCCUCACCCCCGCGCUGCUGGGCCUGACGCACGUCGCAGUGCAGUUCCCUGCCUACGAGUACUUCAAGACCCAGUUCACGGGGCGGGGCAUGGGCGAGUCGCCGAGCGAGGGCGAGGCGCCCGCGCACUGGCUGGGCAUCUUGUCGGCCACGAUCCUGUCCAAGGUCCUGGCCAGCAGCCUGACGUACCCGCAUGAAGUGAUCCGGACACGGCUCCAGACGCAACGACGGCAGGCCACCAAGGCGGCCGCACAGACCGGUGGCGGUGCAGCAAGCGCACAGGAUGCGCCGCGCUACCGGGGCAUCGUGACGACGUUUCGGACGAUCCUGCAAGACGAGGGAUGGCGGGCAUUCUAUGCCGGGAUGGGCACCAACAUGAUGCGCGCAGUGCCUGCAGCGACGGUGACGAUGCUGACGUAUGAGUACGUCAUGCGGUCGCUUAAGCGGACACGGCAAGACGCACGACACACCGUCGAGGGCCGUUAA